AUGGACGUCGUCGCGGCGGUUUCGGGGUAUAUCUCCAAGAUGGUCACGGCAGGGGAUCCUUCGACAUCAGGCUCCUCAGCGUCGGCCAAGAUGAAGAUCUUGCUUUUGGAUAGUGAGACGGUCACUAUUGUGUCGACAGCCAUCACCCAAUCCGCCUUGCUGAAUCACGAAGUAUACCUGAUCGACCGACUAGAUAAUGCGGCUCGAGAGAGGAUGCGGCAUUUGCGCUGCCUCUGUUUUGUGCGCCCAUCCCCCAGCUCCAUCCAAUUCUUGAUCGACGAACUUCGUGAACCCAAGUACGGCGAAUAUUACAUCUAUCUCAGCAACAUCAUUCGCAAGUCGUCGCUUGAGCGCCUCGCCGAGGCGGACAGCCAUGAAGUGGUGCGUACGGUGCAGGAACACUUUGCAGACUUCAUCGUGAUCAAUCCGGAUCUCUGUUCCUUAAAUCUCGGCUUUCCUCAACAGCGGUUGUGGAGUCACUCUCCAGACCUGUGGAAUGCAGAUGCACUGCAGAGAGCCACGGAUGGUAUAAUCUCUAUCCUUCUGCUGGCCAAAAAGCUGGCCACUGAAGUUCGGUAUCAGUUGACUCAGGAAGAGCAAUUGUUCAAUUUUCGUAAGACCGAUACGCCGCCAAUUCUUCUAGUUCUAGACCGACGCGAUGAUCCUAUUACACCUUUAUUGACCCAGUGGACGUAUCAAGCGAUGGUUCAUGAACUGAUGGGUAUUUACAACGGAAGGGUUGACCUUCGAGACGUGCCGGAAAUCCGACCGGAGCUUCGAGAAAUCGUCCUCUCUCAAGACCAAGAUCCUUUCUUUAAGAAGAAUAUGUACCAAAACUUCGGCGAUUUGGGUCAGAAUAUCAAAGAAUACGUCGAACAGUAUCAGGUGAAAACUAAGAAUACAAUGAAUAUCGAGUCGAUUGCGGAUAUGAAGCGGUUCGUGGAGGAUUAUCCAGAGUUUCGCAAGCUUUCUGGAAACGUCAGUAAACAUGUUACUCUGGUCGGGGAGCUCAGCCGGCGAGUCGGCGAGGAGGAUCUCCUCGAUGUCAGCGAAUUGGAGCAAAGCUUGGCUUGCAACGAAAACCAUGCUAGUGACCUCAAGAAUCUACAGCGGAUAAUACAACUGCCAUCUGUGCCGGCCGAAAAUAAGAUACGUCUAGUGGCACUAUACGCCAUUCGAUACGAAAAACAACCGAAUAAUGCUCUGCCGAUUCUGCUUGAUUUACUGGUCACUGCGGGAAAUGUGCCGUCGUACAAAGUGAAUACCAUUCCGAAACUACUUGCCUACCACCAUUCUCUUCAAGCUCCUCCAGUUGCUGGGGGUUUCUCUGACCUGUUCGAAUCGACUUCCUUUUUCUCUGGUGCUCGAGACCGUUUCAAAGGGCUGAAAGGUGUUGAGAAUGUCUACACCCAACACUCACCACGCCUAGAGGCCACUCUUCAAAAUCUGAUCAAGGGCCGGUUAAAGGAGCUACAGUAUCCUUUUCUCGAGAGUGGAGGGCACAUCCGGGAUAAACCCCAGGAUAUAAUCAUUUUUAUGGUUGGUGGCGCGACUUAUGAAGAAGCCAAGAUGGUGGCUCAGGUGAAUGCCAGCUCGCCUGGAGUACGAGUGGUUCUUGCUGGUACAAGCAUACACAACAGCACGAGUUUCCUGGAGGAAAUUGAUGACGCUGUGAGCGGCUGGCCAGAGCCCGCUCCCUCUAGUGCCGCUGGACGGCUGCGGAGGGAGAUUGCGCAUGUAACUAUAUUCCACAAGAACAUUGUCUACCUUGAUCUGUGUAUAUAUAUCUUCGGUGCGACAGGCCAUAUGGGCCGCUCCCUUGUCAAGACCGCAUUGUCCCGCGAUGACCUUGUCGCAGCUGUUGGGCGUACAUUCGAGAACAGUCCAGAGUGCAUGAAGAAGCUUGAAGAAGAGCACGAUAACUGCCUGGGACUUCUGUGUGAUGUCCGUGCUAGAGAGACCGUCAAACGAGUCAUCGAUCGCACAAUCGAGCGCUUUGGCCGUAUUGACAUCAUUGCCAACUGCGCCGGGUACGGUGUGAUCGGGGCCUGCGAGGAUCAAGACGAAUAUGACAUCCGCGACCAAUUCGAGACAAAUUUUAUGGGCGCCUUAGGCGUUCCUGGCUUAGGGCCGUACUGCGCAUCAAAAUACGCUGUCGAAGGAUUGAUGGAAAGCAUGCUGUACGAAGUGGACAAUUUUAACAUUAAGACCACCCUCGUGGAGCCUGGACACAUGCGCCGUGAUGACAUCGGCGAUCUUGUGUCUGAUACUGCGAUGCUGGCAAGUCAGAAUGACAACGACCUCGCGUCGCCGCUCCCCCUUUACGGUCAUUUUUUUGUCAAGCCACCGAGCGAACCGUACAACACGCCCACUGCGCCGGCGGCACAUGCAAAACGCAUGCUAAUGUGGCUGGGCGAUAAGCAACCUGCCAGCGCCGUGAAAGCAGCCUAUCUCGUUUGGGAAUUGGGUCAUUGCUCCUAUCCGCCUCUCCGACUUAUUCUAGGCACAUAUGCCGUGGAGAGUAUUCGGGAUAGACUAAAAUGUAUCAUUGAAGAAAUCGAGGAUUGGAAAUACCUAAGCUUUCCCCAUGGUGACCAGCACCCUUCACCCGCCAAGGAUAAAAUGCCUACAAACGCACGAGAAAACGAAUCGGGAGAGACGGCGACGUGA